CUGGUGACUCUGGAAGGUGUCUUGUCUAACUGAGUUCCUCUUGUCUUACACCCUUCCUGCGGGUGAUCCGACCCCAGCAGUUGUGCCCCCCUCCUUCACCGCUGUCGUGUAGGGAGGCCGAUAGAGUUUCAGGGCGCACAAAGAAAGCGACGUGCCAAAUGAAGGUCUAGGUGCCACACAUAUUGUGACACUCGACGUUUUCAAUCUCGUGUUGAGGCUCCGCGCAACUGGAAGGGUUAAUUGCAUAAGAGCUCGCUUCAGAUCUUGGGCUUGGGCAUGGCGAAAAGCAAAUGAGCAAGCAGGCCGCGGCCUAUGUAUGCCCUCGCCACGAACGAUUCGUUCGCCGUCGAUUCCUCGACCUGGUCGGUUGUGGAGAAAGACUCUGAGCUUUCCAGCACCUUUCCCGGUGAAGGGAGACACCGGCUCCCUGGCGAGUCAACAUCUACGCCGCGGUGUCGGCUCAACACCACAAGCACGGUACCACAGGAGACGGCGAAGCGCCGGGAAGGUCCCCAGUCACCCACGAUGUGUCCUGGCGUAGCGGUGCUAGCAGCGGGCAACCACGGAGUCACCAGGGGUAGCGUGUCUCUCUCAGCCGCUCUCUCUCGGUGUGGCUGCGGAGCAAAGGUGGGGAAAAGGCAGGUUUUUCGUCUUCAUCUUUCUGGAUUAUGUGCGAUGUAUCAGCGAGAAAUGGGCAACUUGACAGGUGGCGGCCUUCUUGGUGCUGAAAGGAGGCGGACGCCUGACAGUUCUUUCUCGGCCAUGCGGUGCUCUUCGCAGUGCUACGUGCGAGAUGAAUUCAACGCACGAGACAUUUCGCACACUCAAACAGCCUGCUCACCAUUCAAAGGAGCUGAAAGAGGCUUUAAGGGACCCCCAUAAGAGAGGUAGCUGCGCUCAGGUGGCUUGCGCAGGAGCUCGAGCGAAAGGGCAAACAGGCCGCUGCCGGGGUUAGCGAGCGUCGAUUGCCACAGCGCGAUGCGCAAGAUGGUGGCGAGCUAAUUAUGCUGGCAACGAGACCC